GUUGUAAAGAUUGUUUAAUUUUGAACGUUGACUGAAUGAGAAGAGUUAGGAAAGGACAAAGACAGCCGUCGACAGACGAAAUCCCAGGAACCCAAAAUCCAGACAACUACGCCCUUUCUUCCACAUUUCGAAUCGAAUCUCUAGAUUUCCUUAAUCGCAAUCUUCUAUGUAACCCAUAACUCUAUCAUACGGUACCUCCCCAUCAUUUAAUACCCCCACCAACCGGCGAGAAAAAAAGAAGAAGAAAUCGGCGGUCAGUUUCAGGUUGAAUAAUCGUCGAUGAAACGCUACUGGGUGAUUCCGGUCUGCAUUUUACUGAUAUGUUUCAGCUUUACGGUAUUGUCCAGUGCGUUAUUUAGCUUGCCUAGUGGGUCAAUUGAGGGACUUUCCGAUGGGGUUACGCUAGCUCCGGCGAGGAGGAAAUUGUUGUCGGAAUUAAAGAAACCUGAGACAGCUCUGUUUGCUGAACUGGAUGGUACAGUUUCUUUGAGGGAGCAAAAUAGCUUAAAUACUAUGAAACCACCACUCUGGUCAUUUAGAUCUGGGUCAUCAAUCUACUCUUCUUAUCAGGCUCCUGUUAAUUACAAUAACAGCAAGGAGGCAUCAUCUGAUAUAGGAAGUGGUUAUUUCAUUGACUGUGGCCGUGGGGAUGAUUGGGAAUUGUAUGCACACAACAGGCUUGGUAAAUUGAAACUUAUGAAGAGUAUUGAUGAGUAUAUUAGUUCAACUCCACAAAUAGCUGAGGAUGGCGGAAUUGUUCUGGGAUCUAAAAGAACCACUGCAUUUCUGGUUGAUGCUAAGACUGGACGCUUGAUUUACACAUAUAGUAUGCCUAACUCUCCAGCAACUCAGGACAAUGACACUGCUUUUCAUCAUAAUGGCACCAUUGAGGAAGAGAGUCUGCCCAGAUACACCCUUUACAUCACCAGGACAGACUAUGCAUUAACAUCCUUUAUUCCAAACUCAGACAAAGUGUUGUGGAACAUGACGGUUGCUGAAAUAGGGGCUGCUGCUCUUUGCAAAGUUGAGGAUGCAUUUAGUGGGGAUAUUAUGGAGUCUGAUAAAUCUGAACCUGAUGUGCAUUUCAAUAUGCCAUUGCCAUGUCAGUCAAGGGCCCUUAUCUACAGACGCCGAGGUCAUGAUAACAAGAUGCUCCCAGAGGCUGAUAGUCAGGGUAUGCUGCCAAUUCCUACUUCACAACCAAAUGUUGAUAAUGCAGCUACUCCUGUGCCCGACAAGAAUGUAGACACCUUCAACUUGGAAAAUAUUGUAAAAAAAACUAUGUUUGGCAUAUUAGUGGUGUUCAUAAUUUUAUUCAUCAAAAACAAAAUUUUACAAGAUGCUAAAAGUCCAUUCAAAGAAGGAAUAACAAAGUGCUCUGAAAGUUUGAGCCUGCCAAUUUGCAGUAUUUUAGGUACUCUUGUGGGAGCUUUUACACAUAAUCGUGAUUUAGUGGCUGAACUCAAUUUGGAUAGACAGCUUGGACAUUCACCAAAUGUACCUUCAAAAAGGAAGAAGUCUCGGAAGUCUGGAAAGAAUGGGAGCAAUGGCGUUAAAAGUGAUAAAGACACCUCAUCUGGUAUUGGACUUAAAUAUGCAGACGUGGACGCUGAUAAUAAACUGUUAUUGAACUUUUUUCAACCAAGUAUAUGUACCAAAGGUGGACGUUCUAUUGGUAAAUUGUUCGUCUCCAGUACAGAGAUUGCUAAAGGGAGCAAUGGUACAGUUGUAUUUGAAGGAAUUUAUGCAGGUCGUGCAGUUGCUGUGAAAAGACUUGUCCGGGCACAUCAUGAUAUUGCCUUCAAAGAGAUACAGAAUCUUAUUGCAUCUGAUCGACAUCCAAAUAUCGUUCGGUGGUAUGGUGUGGAACAAGACCAAGAUUUUGUUUAUCUUGCGUUGGAACGCUGCAUUUGCAGCUUGAGUGACCUUAUUCAGAUUUAUGCUGGCACUUCAGAAAAUGCAUGUCCUAACCAGAACUUGGAUGGAGAAUCUACAAAGCAUAGAAUUUAUUUGGACAAUUUGAAGGGUAUUAUUCUGGAUACUGACUUAAUGAAGGAAAAUGGUUGUCCUUCACCUCUGUUGCUCAAAUUGACGAGGGAUGUGGUUUCUGGUCUUGUGCAUCUUCAUGAUCUGGGGAUCAUUCAUCGAGACCUGAAGCCCCAAAAUGUUCUGAUAACUAAGGAAAAAUUCUUAUGUGCUAAACUUUCUGAUAUGGGGAUCAGCAAGCGCCUCAUCGGAGAUAUGUCUUCAUUGGGUCAUCACCCAACAGGUUAUGGAAGUUCGGGAUGGCAAGCUCCUGAACAACUUCUUCAUGGACGUCAAACACGUGCUAUUGAUAUGUUCAGUUUGGGGUCUGUUCUGUUUUUCUGCAUGACUGGUGGUCAUCAUCCCUUUGGAAGUCCUCUUGAGCGUGACAUUAACAUUACAAAGAAUAAAGUUGAUCUUUUCUUGGCGGAACACAUCCCUGAAGCUGUGGAUCUCUUUUCUCGUUUGUUAGAUCCCAAUGCUGAACUGAGACCAAAGGCAGUGGAGGUGCUUGCUCAUCCUUUCUUUUGGACUGCUGAGAUGCGACUGUCAUUUCUUCGGGACUCAAGCGACAGGGUGGAACUUGAAGAUAGGGAGACUUCUUCUGAUCUUCUGAAAGCAUUGGAAGGUACAGCGCCUGUGGCUUUGGGUGGAAAAUGGGAUGAGAAGAUGGAACCUCCUUUCAUCAAAAAUAUUGGCCAUUACAGGCGAUAUAGAUUUGACAGUAUUCGUGAUUUGCUUCGUGUGAUGCGGAACAAGCUAAAUCAUUAUAGAGAGCUUCCCACCGAAAUUCAGGAAAUUUUAGGGACUGUUCCAGAAGGAUUUGAUGGCUAUUUUAGGAGGCGGUUUCCGCAACUACUAAUUGAAGUGUAUAAAGUGAUGUCAGAAUUCUGUAAAGAUGAAGACUGUUUUCAGAAGUACUUCACAAGCAGUGAACUUUAGAUUCCUCCUGAUAGCAUCUGAAUCUUGUCCCAUUCUUACAUUAUCUGUAUGAUGUAACAUGUAUUGUAGUCUACCCCAUGUAAAUAUGCCUGUGACAGGAGGUACUGGAAAGCUGUCCGGACACCACUGUUAUUGGAAACAAAAAGAAUGUAAAUAUGAAAUCAACUUGUGUAAUCUUAUUAAAGUAUGUUUACCAACA